AUGACGGAUGAAAAGAUGCUAGACACUGCUCCUCGGAAGAGAUCCAAAGUCUCUAGAGCGUGUGACGCUUGUAGGAGGAAGAAGGUCAAGUGCGAUGGUGAUUUUUCAACCACUCACAACCAAGUAAUCAAGAAGUGUACCAAUUGCCACAAGAACCAUGACACAUGCACGUUUCUGAGGGUUCCUUUGAAGAGAGGUCCUUCUAAGGGCUACAUCAGAGAUUUGGAAGAAAAGUUGGAGCAUUCCAGACCUAGAAAGCUGUCGUUGUCUUCGGCAACGACUGGCUAUACAGUUGGCACUAAGACGAAUGGAUUCUCGCCGCCCAACUCCCACUCUCACUCUACAUCGAGUUCAAGCUCGUCAGACCUGAUGCAUCCAUCCACUAUACCCAUUCACCAGCAACACUUGCCUUAUCCACAGCACCAAGCAUCGAAUUCGAACUCGAGCUCUAAGUCCAACAUCUCGAUGAACUCUGGUAACCCUCCUCCUACAUUAGCCAACCCAAUUGCAUCAACUUCAAUAAGCUCUAAGCAGGGUACUUCUCCAAUAAUUCUCCCUCCACUAAUUGGAACUUUCCCUCAAGUGCAUACCCAAAUUGCAGUGGACAAAAAUAAUAUCAAUAAUACUACGACUAAUAACAACAACAGCAAUAAUCAUAAUAAUAAUACUAAUACUAAUACUAAUACUAAUAACAACCUUAAGCCUGGCUCCAAUAAUAAUAUUGAUCCAAUAUCACCGGCCUCUCCAAGAAAUGGGAAUUUCAACAGUAUACUAAACCCGGCUUCUCAUGGCUCAGCAGCUGGCGCUGGUAAUCCUCCACAAACAGAAAGCCCUCGUAUCCAAGGUCCCUUCUGGAAGGUCCCCUAUGAAAUGCCCUCGAAUUCUUCUGUGGAUAAUAGAAGAUCUUCAAUUGAAUCCAUAUCAUCUGCAAAUUCAAGUGCUAGUGGAAUACUGAUUCGGUCCAGGUUACCUUCUCUCAAGGCAAGUGUAUCAGCAAGUGAGACUGGCAUCAGCGAUAGUGAAGAUGAUUUCUAUAGUGUCAAGUCUUUCAGUAGAUCCAGAUCCUCCCAAUCGCUAUCACCAAGGAAUAGUGUAAGUUCAAUGAGUAGCUUGAAUGGUAGAAUUGGAAAUGUAAACAUUGGCCAAAGCCCUCAAAUUCCGUCACAGAGCAAUCAACUGCAUCAGGUACCGCCAUUUGGGCAACAAAAUCCUAUUCUGGGACCUCAUGUUCAAGUACAUCCACACCCUCAAGCUCCGCCGCCUCGCUUUUCUAUUCAGCAUCAGCAACAACAGCAGCUGGCAGCUGGAUAUCAACCAAUGUACGCUCCCAGCUUCCAAUUUAUGCCUGGUAAUCCGCCAUAUCAACAGACUAGCUAUGCUUAUUCAGUACCAGUACAGCAUUCACAACUUCAGCAACAACAACCGCAACCUCCCCAAGGUCCUUAUAAUAAUGGUGCGCCCUUUAAUCAAUUGCCACACAUAUCUCCACCACCUGCUACUUUAGAACAUAACUUGAGCGUCUAUUACAUCAAAUUUCAUGGUAAUUUCCCCAUUUUGUCUUUUAACGAAUCUCAUAUUAAAAAUCUUCUUGAGUCGUUAACUCUGGACGAUUCUGCCAAGCUGAUUGUUGACCUCUUCAACUGCUCGUUGAACAACUUGAACAAUUACAAUACGAUUAGUUUGAGGGAUAAUAUGGUCCUUUUGAACAAAAUAUUGAGUAUGUACCCUUUCAACUCAUUCAAUGCUAAAUUGAGUGACAAUUUGUUAAUAUUUUUCUUCUCUUCUUUGAUAUUGAUUAAUUAUUCCAUUUUAUUAAAUGGUGAUAUAUAUUCUAUAGGAUUGGGUGUCACUAUAAGUAUAUUGAACGAUUUCAAAGUUUUAGAGAAAUUUGCAGAACUCACUAGUGGUGGUGAACAGGCCAUUCCAUCUAGUGACAGCGUCCAAAUCUAUUUACCUAAGAUUUACCUAUGUACUAUGAUUUUGGAUUCGAUCUAUUCAUUAGGAUUUGCAGUACAGAAGACUUUUCCGAUUGAAAAUGCUUUGGGUCAAAAUUUAAUCUCGAACAUGGAUAAAUUGGUCCCCAAAGAUUGUCAAUUGGUCCAUGGCAUUGGCAAUUUCAAAUUGAUGGAAUUACUUAAUGAUCUUAUAAACUUACGUGAUAAAAGAAAAUUUGUGGACUCUUCCAUCAAUUGGAAUAGGUACAUUGACAAUGGUCAAAGAAGGCUCUUCCCAUCUUACUUCGUGGAAUUAACUAAGGACAAGUCUGAGGUCUUGAAUUAUUUGAAUGAAAUUGCUAAAGACUUGCCUAGUAUGGAUGAAGAAACUUUGCAUGAUUUCCAGUUGAAGCUCUGUAGGAUAGUUAAGAAAUUGACUGCUUCUAUCGUCAACUUAGCAAACUAUAUACCAACAAACUCAUCAAACAGUACUUUAAUGAGUAUCCAAAAUAGCAACAACACUAUCAAUUCUACCAACUUAAGUCAAAACGAGUUAACUACUCCUUUGCUAAACAUUUCUUUUGGCCAGUCAUAUAAAUUGAUUAAAGUAUCCAAACUAAUUACUGAUAGUAUAGUGAAGACUACCAAUGAUAAUGAAUUGUUUAAUCGUUGUUUAAAGAUCAACAAUGAUUUGUCUAUUGCUAACAAUUUGUUAAACAGUAAUUUGAAUACGAGCAAUCCAAUAAUCGGAUCUAUGGCAUUGAACAUGAUUAAGAGUAAACUUGAAUAUUACAAUUUGAAUUUAGGUUCACCAAUAUCAAAUCAAAUGGCAAGUUUAGGUAUUGACGUUUGGAAAAGUGAAUAUAUGAAGAUCAUUGAGUUCAUAGAAAGAGAGUAUAUUGAGGGUUGGUUUUAG